GUUCAGGCUCUCACGAUGGUUUCAAAGGUGGCGCCGGCCAGUUUGCUCUUGGUGUACACGGUGUCCAUGGUGGCUGAACAAACUGAAGGCUUUGUGCCCUUUUUCACCCAGAGCAACUUCCAGAAGAUGCAGGAGAACAAGAGGAACAAAGGAGCGCGGGGAAAAAAAAAAUCUCUAGCCUUACUGCAGCAGCUGGAAGAGAAAGGCUCCUCUGAGCAGUCUGGUGCAGAUGUCAACAAGGUCAGGACCAUCCAGCUAGCUGAUCCUGUCAGAGCUGGGAUGUGGCUCACCCCAAGGCAGCUGGAAAAAUACCAAGAUGUCCUGGAGAAACUGCUAGCAGAGACGUUACAGGACACCCCAGACGGCUGCAAAGUAUGCAGGGAACCUCCUUCCCCGGCAAACAUCCUGAGGACCCUUAUCCUGAUCCUGCCGAAAGCGGUGGCAAAGCUCCAGCCUGCUUGA